CAAAUCUGCCACUGAUAUAUUUUAUUGGAAAGCAAUUAACCCUUAUCAAAAGAUCAUAUGAAACAGUAAUUUCGAGUAUGGGAAUUCAUAAGGGGAAUUCCCCUAUGACUAAUUAGAAUUACCUAUUUCCUGUAUUUCACAACAAUGUUAUUUUUUUUAAUAUUUGCCUUCUUAUUUGUCUUCCAUCAUAAGUAAACAUAUUGUUUCUCUGAAAUUCCAAUUGUAUUUUUAUUUAAUUAUCAAUACCCUUUAGAUUUUAUAAUUGUUUCCUUCAUCUAGAUAUAAGAACUCUUGCAUGAUGUAUCGAGGUAUGUUUAUCAGUAAUUGAUUUUUGACAUAAAAGCAAUGGGAUUUUCUAUGGCCUUGCUGGAAAAUUGUAGCUUAUUAAGCUGCUGUGAAAAUUUGAUAGAAAUCCCCUGCACCUAUAAUUGUCAUGCAGUGCUGGGUACAUGUAUUAUAUCUUUUUUUAUGUUUCUAAUUUAAAAAAUUGACCACUUCCAGGUAAAGAUAACAUCUUUAAAAUCACAUUUUACAUAUUUACUUAUUAUGACAAUUAAAUUUAACUCAACCUUGAGCAUUUAAACUCAGGGGUGUAACCAACAGGAUGUCAGGUGCUGAGAACCAGGUUUUACCUUGUCUUAAUUUAUCUCAUUACAAAUUUGCCAAAUUUAAAUGAAGUAUAAUAGCCAAAUUCCCAAUUUUUUCUAUAAAGGCACUUCACUGAUGCUCAAACUUUUUAUUGAUGUUAAGAUCUCAGAAAGUCAGGAAAGGAUAUUUAAACCUGCUAGUCAUACAUAAUUUGAUUUAUUUUCUCAAAUUCAACUUAUUCUGAAUUUAAGCCUGAAAGCUGUUAAAAUCGAUCAAGUAAAAAAGAAGCAUUUGAGGAGUUACAACUGGAAGCCGUUUAAAACCAAUCAGGAAUAAAAAUUAGAAGAGGAAUACCUGGACUAAAGAAAGAAUAAAAAUGAAGUGGACAUGCUUUGGCUUAGUCUGUGCUGUGGUAUUGAUACAUGUAACAAGUCUCUGUCACAGGGCUACGGGAGCAGCAUCAAGACACCUGAAAUCCCCUGUGGAGUGUUAUCUGAAAUACCACCAGGACCACUGUAAAACACAGCAACUAAGGGGCGACUACUACUACGGGGAGUGUUUUGAUCCAGUCAAACAACUCUGCUGUGGAAUUAAAGUCUUGCCAAAACCUAAUGCUAGCUAUAAAUGUUGCGAUGGUGUUUAUGACACAUAUAACUUUGAGACACAUAAAUGCUGCAAUGGAAAAAUUGUGCCUAAAUCAUACCUCCCCUGUGGCAAGGAUUGCUUCCACCCUGACAAUGCUACAUGUUGUCGGGGGGUUCUUUACACUGCUGGACUGGGUUGUUGUGGAACAAGGGCCAUCGACCCUGAAAACGAUCUUUGCUGUGCUUUUAAGAUACAUAAGGGCCAAAAACAUACACAUAAAUGCAAUGGCCAAAAAAGUGAGCUAAGAUCACCCAGGCCCCCUUCCUGCCCUGUGUGUGUGACUGUUAGUGGAUCUGAAAGCACACAAAGUCAACUCCACUUCUGUAAGAAUUACCAUAGAGACAGUGCAGACUUUGACAGACUGGCUAUGACAUAUUCCAUUGUGCUGGAUGCCAAGGUUGCUCUAAGAGUCACACAGCAGAACUCAACCAUGUUUUCUUUAACCAGAAUUAGAGACAGCAGACGUGUGCCAAACAACACAUCCAGUGACUAUCACUAUAAGCAUGCUGCAAUUUUUCGUAAUGGCACAUGUUGCAAGUCCAAGGCUAACAUAGUGCUGGAUAACGAGUGUGCUAGUGGGGCAAUUCUGAAAUCGGGAUCAAGAAUUUUUGUGAUGACCAACAACACUGCCCUCUUGACAGAGGACGCAACCAUGCUUGGGAAGGGCGACCUGCUGAUGGUAUUCCAAAGAGAUGUCAAGAAGAGAUUACAAAAAAAGUUUAAAAGAAAGUUAAAAAGAAGAAUGUUUUGAAGUUGAGCAUUUUAGCAAAACUUUUUUUAUUUUGUUUAAUGGCAAAAGGAAUUUAUGCAGAAAGUCAAAAAUUGGCGAAGUUAAACAAAUUGUAGCUUUUUAUUUGAAAAUAUUUAAGAGACAUUUUGAAACAAAGAAGAACAUAUUAAUCACUUAUAUAUUCAGAAUGUUGAAGAAAUAAGGAUAAAUUAUUUAAAGAUCAAUUCUUUGUGAAUUUAAAAAUCACAACAUUUGUUGAAUCAAAUGAAAUUAGUAGUACCUGUGCUGAUGAUGCUUGAUAGAAGUAUUAUUUACCAAUGAAUUGUGCAAUUUCUGUCAGUCAUAACACUCACUCUUUUUAUUGUUAUUAUAAGGUCAAAUGAUGGAUAGAAACUGUUUUUAGUGAGGCCAACAUCUUAAUUUAUUGUAGCAUUAAAAUUUUUAGACUAAAGGAAUAUAUUAAGUAGGAAUUUUUUCAUUACAAACGCACCAAGAAGGUAACGUUCCCUUAAGUUAUCCUUUUUUACAGUCAAGGCCAGUCACUUUAUUUUUUUCUCUU